AUGAUUAAUAUAGAUAUGCAAAUAAUUCAAAAUGAAAAAAAUAACAAUGCCGAAGAACAACAAAAUAGAUAUUUAAAUAAUGAAAUAAAGGGUGGUAAUUAUUGUGAUAUAUCCUUAUUAAAAUUAAUUGAUGAAUGGUCUGAUAUAGAAGCUAAUUUAUAUCCAAUUAAAAAUAACAAAAUAUUAAAAAAAAUAAAAUACGAAAUAAAAAAAUUUAUAUAUUCAAAUAUUUUACACAAAGUAAAAGUAAAUUUUACCUUGUUUAAUAUAUAUUAUAAUUAUAAAUAUAGCUAUCAUCUUUCAUAUGUCAACAAUCAGUAUUUGUUUGAUAUAUGCUCAAACAGUUGUGACUAUUUUUACGAAAUAUUAAAAAAAUACCACCAGGAAAAUGAACAACAAUUCUAUGACGAAUUUUUGGAAGAUAAACAUGGAAAAGAAUUUGAAAAAAAAAGCGAAAAUGACCUGAACUGUUCAGAAAAUACAUGCACUGUUCAUAAAGAUUAUAACAAAUAUAUGGAUGAAAUAUUUCAUGAAGACGAAAAUAAUAGAAAUAAUAAUAAUGAGGAAAAUUGUUUUAUCCUAACUCAACUAUACACAUCAAUAGUUUACUGUUUUAUUUUGUUAAUAAAAAAUAAAUAUUAUCUCGAUUUUAUUUGUCUGUACAUGUACAUAAAAUUUUACUUUUCCCUAAAUCAAUUAUUUAUAAAAAGAAAUACAUGUUUAAAUUUCACAUGUCACAAAACUUUUUUGAAUCUACUUUUUUUAUUAUCAGACAUAAGUAUAUAUAACAAUAAUUUUGAUGAUGAUAAUAAUGGAAGGAAAGAAAAUAACUGGGAAAAAAAAUAUACAAAUAAGUUAAGAUAUUUGUAUAAUUUUGAUAAAUUCGAUGAAAAUAUAAAUAUAGGCAAUCUAACAAAUUUAUCUUUUAAUUUACUUUUAAAUUUAAGAGUAAAUAUAAAUUUUUAUGAAACAAUUUAUGAUAUUGAUCAAAAUAAAUAUAAAUAUAUUUGUAAGUAUUUAUUAUUUUUUCAAAAUGAACUUAUACAAAAAUAUGUUUUAAGAUUAAAUGAGUUAACUAAUUUAACAUUAAAAUAUAAGCAAUAUAUUUCUAACAAAAAAAAAAACACAAAUUCAGAAUAUCAGCAUUUAUGUAUUUCUUCUGAUCCAUAUAUUCAAAAUCCCUUAACUGAUUACUUAUCUAUACAUUAUAAUGAGCAGACAAAACAAAUGUGGGAUUCAAAACACAAUAAUUAUAAUGAUAUAAAUAGUUAUUCGUCAAUUCAUUCUAAUAACAUACAUCCUUAUAAUGUCUAUGAAAACCUUUCAAAUAAAAAUAGCUUACUAAAAAAUUAUAUUUUUCAAAAAAAUAAUAAUGUAUUUAACAUUGUUAAUAACAUGAACAUGGACAAUUUAAACGUACUAUAUGAAGAAAACAAUUUAAAAGGUUAUAAUAAUAAAUUUUUAAAUAACAAUUCACUAAUUAUUCAAUUUGAUAAUUAUAAAAAUAUAAAAAGUAAAUACUUGGAAAAUCAGUUUGUUUUUAUUUGUUUAAAUAAUAAGACAUAUAAAAUUCAAAUCGAAAAGUUAAUUCCAAAUUUUUAUCACAAAAAAACUAUUCUUGACCUUGAUUCUGAAUAUAUAUACAACGAUCAAACAGACACAUAUUUAUUAAAUUUUUUAAAAUCAUCAAAUUGUCAAACAAAUACAAUACUAAAAAAGUAUAAUAAGUCUAUAAUAAAAUAUUUUGACAAAACUAAUCAUAAUGAUGUAAAUGUAAAUAAAAACGAAUAUUUUGAUAAUGAAGAAUGCAACUCCUUUUUGUGGGGAAAAUCUUAUGCAAAUGAUACUAUUACUUUAAAAGUGUUAGAACGCAAAAUAAUAACUAAGAAAAAUGAAAAAUAUAAAAAUAAUUAUUUAAAUAUAAUUAAUAGUAUAUAUGUAACAUUACACAAAAAUGUAAUUUGCAGUAUUAAUCAUAGAAUAGAAGAAUAUAGAUAUAUAAUUUUAAAAAAAUUUUUCAUAUUUUUUACUAAUAAUUCUCAAAAAAAUAAAAUGACAAUAAAAGAAAACAAUGAUAAUUGGAAAAACGAUAUCCUUGAAUGUUUAGUUGGAUAUGAAAAUGAAAUGUUUACUACAAAUAAAAGACAAACAAAAAUAAUAGAAACUGACACAAAUCAUGCUGAAUUUUGUGAAAAAAAAAUGAAAAAAAUAAAAGACGGAUCUAUAUAUAUUAAUAAAAAUAUAAUAUGUGUCGAUUAUAAUAUAGCUUUUUGGGGAAAAAAAAAAAACAAAAAAUAUUUUUGUCUUUAUUUUAGUCCAUUCCAAAAUAUAUUUUCCUCUGCUUUCUAUCAAAAAUACUUUCACAUAUUUUUAUAUUUUUCUAAAAUUGGAUCAUUAAUAAGAUAUAUCAAAACGUUUGUUCAUGUUUUUUUAAAACUUAUUUAUAAAAAAAAAGAGGAUUAUAUCAGUGAAAAUCCACACAUAAAAAAACAUCAACAAUUUGACAAAAAAACAAAAAAUAUACACUUUAAUGGCAUUAUUCCAUUUGGAGAUGUUUUUAUAUCAUUUGUAAAUAGUGUAAACAAAUAUAUUCUUAAAUAUGAAAAAGUUAUAAGAAAAAUUAUAUUGUAUGCAGAUUUAAAAACACCUUUAGAAAUAUAUAAUAAAAUAAAACAAUAUACAGAAUGUAUUACAUUUUUAAGUUUUCUAUGCUCAUGUUAUACUUAUAAAGUUGACAUAUUUAACAAAAGCCACUUUCCAUUUUCCCAAAUCGCUAAUGUAAAGAAAAAAAGUGGACAUAAACAAAAUGAAAAGCUUUCCAUUGAAUAUAACUAUGUUUCGAAUGUUAUAUACGGAUUUGCUCAUAAUUCUCAAAAAUCGAACUUAGAUAAUGGUAGUAAUAAUAACGACAGUAAAAAAUUAACACUAAACAGCAACAAAGAUAUUGUUCGCCAAAAAUUUGAAAAACAAAAUAACUACCUAUUCAUAUUUCCUCGGGGAAACGAGCUUAUAAGCUAUAUUUACUCUUAUUAUUAUUUAUUUAUAAAUAUAAAUAACAAAAAUUUAAAGAAUUUAUGCAAAUAUAUUUUUUUAAGAAUAAUUAAGCCAUUCCUCCAUUUCCUUUAUUCUUAUGUUUUUAUGGGAAUAAAUACAGAUUUCUAUUUUGAAUAUAUUUUAAAUAAAAAUAUAAAAAUGCUAUUUUUUUUUAUAUAUACUGAUCAUCAAAUUAUUUUUAACAAACAUAAUUUGAAAUCAAAUCAAACCCUCUCACUUCCUAUAUUUUUGAACUACACUAUUCAAAUUGUCCAUUCAACAGCAUCCCUUUCCAAAUUUUUGCGGCAUUCUAGUGAAGACGAUUUUUACCUUUCCCUUCCCAAAUUUCCAACAAAUAAACCUUUUCAAUAUAAUAAAAAAAAUAAAAAAGAUAAACGAGAAAAAAAAAUACAAGAAUUUUGCAUAAAUAACGAAACAGAAAUCGCCAAAUUUCUAUGCUCAGCUUCCAUAGAUAAAAUAAAAAGCUUUUUAAAUUUUUAUGAUAAAUAUAAAAAAAGAAAAAAAAAAGAAAAAAAAAGAAAAUCUCAAAAUAUUUUCAUAAAAUGCUGGAAUAACGAACAAUAUUUAAAUUAUGUUAAUAAAAAAACGAAAAAAACGGUAGGAAAUAAAUUAAAAAAUUAUUUUGAUAUUUUUUGUCUUUUUCUAUUAACCAAUAAUAAUGAUAAUAUAAUAAAUAUUCAUGAUUCAUUUGUAAAAGACAAAAGUUUUAUGGAAAAUGAAAGAUGCUUCAGAUCACAAAAAAGAAAACAAAAACGAAAACAAAAGCAACAACAAAUCAUGUAUAAUCAUUCUGGCCAUUUUAACAAAUUAAUUAUUCUAAGAAAAAAUAAAAAAUUUAAAAAAAUUAAAAACAAUUUUAAAUAUUAUAUCCCUCGAUACACAAACAUUCACUCCAUAGUUACCAUAAAUAAAAGAAAAAAAAAAAAAUCAAUCAUUUUUUAUAAAACCAAAACAAAUCAAAUAAACAAACUAACCAACAUAGAUUAUAACUCAGAUACUUUGUCAACGCUUUCUACAACUAAUAACGAAAGUGAAUAUUUUGAUAGCAUGUAUAACGAAAUGCAUAAAGAUACUAAAAGUCGUCCAUCAUUUUUGAAAAAUACGAUAGUGCAAAUACAAUGUAAUACACACACCCAACAACAAAAAGAAAUCGAUUUUCGAGAUGUUUAUUAUAUAAAUAAAAAAAAUGAAAAUAUAAAACUUAUUGAUUUAUUCAAAUUUAAAACAAACAAUAAUCAUAGUGACAAUCUUUUAUACCAAAAAAAUAAUUUAAUCAAGUUUAAAAUAAAUUAUAAAGAAGAAAUGUCAAUUAAAAAUAAAAAAUUAUAUCAAACUAUAUACGAUAAACCAAUUGAAACGACUUAUAUAAAUGAAAAUAAUCUUAAGAUUAAAAGCUUAAAUUAUUUCUUGUAUAAAAAUAUAUUUAUUCCUAUAAAUAAUCAUUUUUAUACUAUUAAUCAAAUACUUGUCUAUUCAUAUUUGAUAAAUAAAAAUUUGUUAAUUUAUUUAUGUUUAUUAAAAUGUAUACUCUUUGGCGAAUGUGAAAAUAAUUAUAAUUUUUUCAAAUCGAUUAUAUUAAAUAAAGAUAAUAAUUGGAAUCAAUUACAAAAUGGAAACUUAAAUAAUUUGGAAAUAGAACAAAAUAAAACAGAAAAUAUUUAUUUUUCACGAAAUUCCUCAAAUAAUAUUUCAAAUAAAAACAAAAUUCAUAUUGAACAUAAGUUUAACACGAAUUUUUACAAAGCUAAUCUUAUAACAAAUAAAUUUUUUAAUAUUAAUAUAAAUAUACACAUUCCCCCAAUUUUAAAAAUAUUUUUUGAUAAAGAUGUUGUAAAUUAUUAUAAAAAUAUUUAUUCUUUAGUUUCUUUAUUUUAUUUUACUAUAAGUAAUUUAAAAGAUAUUUUUUUUAUUAUACGAUUAUUUUCAAAACCAAUCAUAUAUAAUUAUGCCGAAAAAUUAUAUGAUAAAUUAUACAAAAUUCGUGAUAAAAAUAAAACAGAAAAUGUAAUAGAAAAUAAAAAUAUAUUUACUAAUAUUAGCUUUAAAUAUAUGGAUAUAAUUAAAAAAAUUGCAAAUAAACAUAAGGAUUAUACAGAUGAAAAUGAUACUGAAAAUUGUUUUUGUAUUAUAAGUAAAAAAUUUAAUCACAUUUUUUUAACACAUUACAAAAUUUUAAAUGUAGGUUUCGAUAGAAAGCUUCUUAACAAUAAUAAUAAUAAUAAAAUUAUAAAAUACCUUGAAAAUAUUAAAAUAUUUAAUGAAAUUUUAAACGAUUUUAAUAAAAUACGAAGUGAAAUGCUUUUAAUUAUUACUUAUUUAUAUGAUUACAUAAUUAAUAUAAAUAUUUAUAAAAAUUAUUUUUUGUGUUUUCAAAAUAUGCUAAAAACAGAUCAAUUCAUUCAACUAAUUUAUAUUCAUAAAUAUUUUCUACAAUAUAUUUUUAAGUUUUCAUUUUUAGCUAGUAAUUUUUUUUUUUUUAGCAAAAUAAUUUUUAAUAUUAUUAACACUAUAGAUCAAUUUAAAAAGCUAGUAACCUCUCUUCAACCUUUGGAUAAUUUUAAUUCAGAUCAAAACCAAACAUUUUCGCUUCUUUUUGACAAACAUUAUAAGCUUGUUGAGCAAAAUAUUAUUUUAUUAACAUCCGAAGAUGCACAAAAAAUCAUCAAAAAUUUUUAUAUUAAUAGAAAUAAUUUAGUUACACACAUAACAAAGUUUCAAAACAAUAACCUUGAUUAUAUUUACAACAAGUUUUAUUUUAACGAUUACUAUUCUUCUUUGUUUGAACAAUCAUAA